CAAAACUUUCCUUCUUUUGUUCAUCACUUUCAUUUCUUUGUUAUAUAUUAAUGGUAGAGAAAGGAAAAAAAAAAUAUCAACUCUUUUUGAAAAGACACCUUUCUCUUUCCCUCCUUUAUUUGCCAUAAAAGAGAGAUUUCAAGAAGACAGCGAGAGAAGAAAGCGAUAGUUCGUUCACUCUUCGCUUUCUCAAGAAUCUCUUUAAACCCCAAAAAAAAAAAAAAAAAAGUCUUUAGAAUGAAACCCAUCAGAAACUUUUCUUUUUUCAGCAAAAAAACAAUAAUGAGAGACCUUCUUCUUCUUCUUCUUCUUAUGAUCAUCUUCAUUACUGUUUCUGCUUCAAACCCUUCUCUAGCUCCUGUUUACUCUUCCAUGGCUACAUUCUCUCCUGGAAUUCAAAUGGGAAGUGGUGAAGAUGACAGAUUUGAUGCUCGUAAGAAACUUCUGAUUGGUCUCAUAAUCAGUUUCUCUUCCCUUGGCCUUGUAAUCUUGUUCUGUUUUGGCUUCUGGUUUUAUCGCAAGAACCAAUCUCCCAAAUCCAUCAAUAAUAAUUCAGAUCCUGAGACUGGGAAUUCAUUUUCCUUGUUUAUGAGACGACUCAGCUCGAUUAAAACUCAGAGGAGAACAUCUAUCAACAAGGGUUAUGUUCAGUGUUUCGAUAUCAAGACGCUUGAGAAAGCAACAGGCGGUUUUAAAGAGAGUAACGUAAUCGGACAAGGCGGUUUCGGAUGCGUUUACAAGGCUUGUCUGGACAACAACACAAAAGCAGCGGUCAAGAAGAUCCAAAACGUUAGCCAAGAAGCGAAACGUGAAUUUCAGAAUGAAGUUGACUUGUUAAGCAAGAUCAAGCACGCGAACGUUAUCUCAUUGUUGGGUUCAGCAAGUGAAAUCAACUCGAGUUUUCUAGUUUAUGAGCUCAUGGAGAAAGGAUCCUUAGAUGAGCAGUUACAUGGGCCUUCUGGUGGAUCAGCUCUAACAUGGCACAUGCGUAUGAAGAUUGCUCUUGAUACAGCUAGAGGACUAGAGUAUCUCCAUGAGCAUUGUCGUCCACCAAUUAUCCACAGGGAUUUGAAAUCUUCGAAUAUUCUUCUUGAUUCUUCCUUCAACGCCAAGAUUUCAGAUUUUGGGCUUGCUGUAUCGCUUGAUGAGCAUGGCAAGGCCAACAUUAAACUAUCUGGGACACUUGGUUAUGUUGCCCCGGAAUAUCUCCUAGACGGUAAACUGACAGAUAAGAGUGAUGUUUAUGCAUUUGGGGUGGUUCUGCUUGAACUUUUGUUGGGUAGACGGCCGGUUGAGAAGUUGACUCCAGCUCAAUGCCAGUCUCUUGUGACUUGGGCAAUGCCACAACUUACUGAUAGAUCCAAGCUUCCAAACAUUGUUGAUUCGGUUAUAAAAGAUACAAUGGAUCUCAAGCACUUAUACCAGGUAGCAGCCAUGGCGGUGCUAUGCGUGCAGCCAGAACCGAGUUACAGGCCGUUGAUAACCGAUGUUCUUCAUUCUGUUCCACUGGUUCCAGUUGAGCUAGGAGGGACUCUCCGGUUAACAAGAUGAUUGAAAUCGGACACCAAAAAUCCAAAUCCGUUUUGAUGAGUGAGAUCUUUUACCUCUUUUUAUUUUUGUACAGGGUUGUGAUUCGCUCAUCUCAAAGUUUGGGGGUAAGAAUGCGAGAAUAGAAGUUUUAAUUUCCGGGUUGUUGGGUUCUAUAAUUACAUCUAUGUAUUUUUAUAAAAAUUUGUAAAUUGUUUAUAUAUCACAUGUCUUAGGGGGGUGUAUUCAACUUGACAUUUCAA